UCUCCUUAUAUACUCUCUUUCCUCUCUUCUCCUUUCUAUACUUCUUCCCAUUUCUCUUUCUUCCUACAAUUAUCACCAUUUCUAACUUCUACUUCAUCCACCAUGUCUCAACAAACCCCUGUUUCUCAUGUUGAACAAGUUGUACUUGUAACUGAUGUUCCACUGCCCGAUGACAAGAGUACAACCAAUGCAGCCCCCACCCUGGGGAAACACCUGCCGGUGACUGAGGAGGAGGAUCAUUUGAAGCCUACCCAUGUUGAUAACUCUUCUGUUGUGGAGACUGAGCCGCUGAAAUCUGGUGGUGAUGAUGGAGAGAAGGUGCUUGUUUCGGAUUCUUUCGAAGAAGAGAGCACGAGAGUUGCUGAUCUUGCCGAUUACGAGAAGAAAGCUCUUGCAGAAUUUAAGCAGCUUGUUCAAGAAGCACUUAACAAGCAUGAAUUUAGUAAUGUGACCUCAUUAUCAUCACCACCACCAGCCGCACCCAAGGAAGAAGAAAAGAAAGAGGCGAACGCUGUGAUCGAGGAGGACAAGAAGCCAGCCGCAGUGGGACUGGCCGAACCAUGUGUCGAACAACCAUCGAAAGAGGAGCCUGAAACCAUUGCCGAGGAAAAGAACGAACCAAAAAAGGAAGAGAGCGCCACUGUGAAGGAAGCUGAAGUGGUCGAAGGAAAAAUAGCUGCAGUAGUAGUUGCUGAAACACUUGAUGAUGAUGGUGCAAAGACUGUGGAAGCCAUCGAAGAGACCAUUGUAGCCGUGGCUUCAACGGCUCCACAGAAGCAGCUCGAGUCACCGGCCAAGGAUCAGGCAGAGUCGAAGGAAGCCGUGACUCCCCAAGAGGAGUCUAAAGACAGCAAGUCCGAGACUGCAAUGCCGCCUGAAGAAGUCUCCAUAUGGGGGAUUCCACUUUUAGCUGAUGAAAGAAGCGAUGUGAUUCUUCUAAAGUUUUUACGGGCGAGAGAUUUCAAGGUGAAAGAAGCCUUCACAAUGCUGAAGAACACGGUCCGCUGGAGGAAGGAGUUCGGCAUUGAUGAGUUGGUUGAAACAACAGACUUGGGUGAUGAUUUGGAGAAGGUUGUGUUUAUGCACGGUGUUGAUAAAGAAGGACACCCAGUUUGCUACAAUGUGUAUGGUGAGUUCCAGAACAAGGAACUUUAUCAGAAAACGUUUUCUGAUGAAGAAAAGAGGCAAAAUUUUAUGAGAUGGAGAAUUCAAUUCCUAGAAAGGAGUAUCAGAAAAUUAGAUUUCAGUCCUGGUGGGAUUUCCACCAUUGUUCAGGUAAAUGAUUUGAAGAACUCUCCCGGAUUCGGAAAGUGGGAGCUUAGACAAGCAACCAAACAGGCCCUUCAUUUGCUUCAGGACAAUUAUCCAGAGUUUGUUGCCAAACAGGUGUUCAUCAAUGUGCCAUGGUGGUACAUGGCAGUUCAUAGGAUGAUAAGUCCAUUUCUGACCCAGAGGACUAAAAGCAAGUUUGUCUUUGCUGGUCCUUCCAAAUCUGCAGAGACCCUUUUCAGAUACAUAGCCGCCGAGCAAGUUCCUGUCAAAUAUGGAGGGUUGAGCAAAGAUGGUGAAUUUGCCCCCACUGAUGCUGUUACUGAGAUCACUGUAAAACCAGCGGCAAAGCAGACGGUAGAAUUCCCAGUAACCGAGGCAUGCCAUUUAUCUUGGGAAGUGAGAGUGGUGGGAUGGGAAGUGAACUAUUCUGCAGAAUUUGUGCCAAGUGCUGAAGAAAGCUACACAGUCAUAAUCCAAAAGGCAAGAAGGAUCUCCUCAAAUGAAGAAAGUGUAUUGAGUGACAGUUUCAAGAUUAGUGAACCUGGAAAAAUAGUUCUCACCAUUGACAAUUCAACCUCAAAGAAGAAGAAAUUACUCUACCGUUUGAAGACCAAGCCUUCUUCCGGAUAUCCAACCUUCAAGAAUCAACUUUGUUCUGCAUAAUAUAUUAUAAUUAGCUUCUCUUAUCUUAUUCUAUGUUUAAUUAAUUAAUUAUUAUUAUAUUUAUUUGGGUUCUUUUAUAAUGUUAUUAAGAUUAUAUUUUGUAUACCAACUUUAAAUUUAUUGGGUUGUGAGAUGAUGAUUUUGAGCACCAUAAUAUAUAUAUUAUAUAUAUGUAAUGGGAUUUUAUUGUGACAUGUAAUGUAACAAUUUCAUUGUAGACGCCUUUAUUCUAUGGGAGUAUUCAUUUUAAAGAA